CCUCCUCUUGCUUUAAAAGUCAAGAGGCAAACACGUAGAGGUGACAACUUCCUCUUCAUCUGCUCCACUUUUUCCAUUUCUUCCUCUAUUAAGAAUCGUCGUUCUCUUCCUAUCCAACUCAUUUCCUCGAAGCCUAGCUUUUUCUUCUUCUUCUACAAGCAUUAAUGGAGGAAGCAAUGAGUACUAAUUGGCCUGUUGGUUUUGAAGAGGAGCUUGUGAGAGAGCUUUUGGACAAUGAGUCUCCGUUCUUAGUGCUACCAGAGGAGGCUGUAGAGUAUCCGCAAAUGAGUGUUUCGAACAAAGAGGGGCUUAACCGGUUCCUGCAGAACGUCUAUUCUGGACCAACAAUCCAUGAUAUCGAGGCUGCUUUGUCUAUCACAACUGGGAUAACAGUCCAACCCCAAGAACUCUCACAAGCCAGACUUUCGAUAUUAGAGAGGGGUUUGAGUAAGGUUGAGCACAAGUAUACUCUGAAGAUCAAAAGCUGUGACUCUGGAAUGGCUGAUGAUGGAUAUAAAUGGAGGAAGUAUGGACAGAAAUCCAUCAAGAAUAGCCCAAAUCCAAGGAGUUACUACAGAUGCACAAACCCCAGAUGCAGUGCAAAGAAGCAAGUGGAGAGAUCAAGUGAGGAUCUGGACACACUCAUCAUCACCUAUGAAGGACUCCACUUACACUUUGCAUAUCCAUUGUUCAACUUAACCCAAGCCCCGAAUCCACCAAUGAAAAAGCCCAAGAAGAAAACCUCGGCGGCACAAACCGAAGACCACGAGCAAGAAACUCAAGAAACUCGGCGUAGCAUUACUCCAGAACCGGAACCUGAUCUGCAGCCGGGCACAUUUGCCGACCAACCUCAAGAGUUUGUGGAAGAAGAGAGAGUGUCACAAGGGUUGCUUGAAGAUGUGGUGCCAUUUAUGAUUAGGAAACCUUCAAGUGCUUCUUCAAAUUCUUCAUGUUCCUCUUACCGUUCACCUCCAACAUCCCCUUCUUCUCUGUCAUGGCCUAGUUAUUGUGAUGUUGGGAUCAAUCAUAGCAUUGGAUGAUCGAAUCCGAAAAAGUUAGUUGUUUAAGCUAAAUUAUCCUAGUGUUUCUAUAUACAUGUGACAUAUACAAUAAUGAUGUUCAAUGUAUGUAAAAUUUCAAUGUAGAAUUGUCGUCAACAUAGGAUAAGAUGAAGCUAGUUUUUCCCAUAUUAUUAAUAUUUAUUUUGAUGUUGAUG